AUGGUGGUUGGGUUGUGCCUGUGCGCCUGCUGUAGUUGCUCAUUCAGGUCCAGCAAUUGUCGCUUUACGUCAGCUAGUAUUCUGUUACUUUCAAGGCUACACUACUUACUUUACGGCGCGACAAAAAUGUAUCUGUUUAUGUCAAGCAACAUAACAAACUUCCUGUUUGAAGGAUGGAAUUCUACAAAUCCACUUGGUUUGUUCAUUAUGUGUCUGGUAGCAGUGAUGUCAGCCAUUGUGUAUGAAGCGUUCCGUCUAGUCUACAUGUUCUUCCAUUUGAGGGCACACCAAAACCCCAUCCUUUAUGGCCACAAAGUCACAAAACCUUCUGGAGUUCAUCGCACAAACAGUGAAUCCCUACAGUCUCUCAUUUCUAAUCUUUCCAUCACUAAUAUAAAGAAAAGACGUUCCUUCUAUUAUGCUGGAGAGACUGCCAUGUACAUGUUACUCAAUGUGCUUGGUUACAUUAUUAUGUUAAUCGUUAUGACUUUUAAUGGUUGGUUUGCUCUUGCUGUACUUUUCGGCACCACACUUGGAUAUUUUGUAUUUGGUAAUGCCGUCUCACAACUGAUGGUGAAUUCACCACAAAUUGCUGCAGAAGACAAUGCCUUUCGUCGAAGCACGAUCAGCUCAGCAACAAUGGAAACCAACGAAUUGGUCACAUGA